GAGAGGACUCUGAAAGGGUGGAGACAUACGCAUCUCUUCAAACAGCCGAACUGAGACAGACGCGCAGAACCACCAGCUUUUGGGCACUUGCUAAAACAGUAUCUCAGGAGACUGAGAAAGCAUCGGCAAACUGACUGAAAAGCAAAGCAGAUGACAACAGGGCGAUAACUGACAGCCGAGGGAAGCUUUUACAACUUUAAACAGUUUUGAUAUGAAGUAGAGCGCUGCGUAAAAGCUUGCGUAAUCGUGCGCAGACCAGACGACAACUUUUCACUGUCAUUUCUUUUUUUUUUUUUUUAGUUUUUUUAAGAUGAACACCUCGGAUAUUCUUUGCGAUUCCGAAUUUGCAAAUUCGUCUAACUUUUCGUGUGUGAACCGAACCGUUCCGUCGUACAGCAUCAUUGACAUCGCGUCUUUCAUGCACAUCUUCCCCACUAUCUACGGCAUUUUGUGUUCAGUUGGAGUUCUAGCCAACGGUUUGGUGAUCUAUGCUGUGGCAUCAUGCAAGAAGAAGAUGGUCUCUGAUAUUUACGUGCUGAAUCUGGCCAUCGCAGACCUGCUUUUCCUGUUGGUGAUGCCGUUCAACAUCCAUCAACUGGUCCGGGACAGACAGUGGGUCUUUGGCCACUUCAUGUGUAAAGCUGUGGUGGUGGUGGAUGUCAGUAACCAGUUUACCACAGUGGGCAUUGUGACAGUGCUCUGCAUUGACAGGUACAUUGCAAUCGUUCAUCCUACAUCUGAAAAGAGGACCAUUCAGUGGACCAUCAUCAUUAACAUUUUGGUGUGGUUGGGCAGCUUCCUUCUAAGCAUCCCGGUCAUGAUAUAUGCUAAAGUCAUCUCCAAAAAGAACACGAACAUUUGUAUGAUUAACCUGGAUGGGCCUCAGGAUAUGUACUGGUACACUCUCUACCAGUCCAUACUGGGUUUCAUCGUCCCCCUCAUUAUAAUAAGCACAUUUUACACUCUCACUCUGUACCACGUGUUCCGCUCCAUCCGGCGGGUCAAACGCAAGCAGUCAGUGUGGGCCAAGCGGGCCACUAAGACAGUUGUGAUGGUGAUCGCCCUGUUCUUGGUCUGCUGGUCCCCCUAUCAUGUCAUCCAGGUGAUCAACCUCAGCAUCCAGCAGCCCACCAGCGCUUUUGUGUACGCGUACAACAUCAGCAUCUGCCUAAGUUACUCUCACAGCUGCAUCAACCCUCUAAUGCUGCUGUUGUUCGCCCAAAACUACCGCGAUCGCCUCUGCAAUCACAAAGAGCUACGAUCCCAAAUCAGCUCAUCCAAGACCACCUUCAAAACUGACGGAGGGUCUGGCAUGAGCCCGGACACCAGCCACCGCUGUACCGUUAUCUAGCACCCGUUAUCUUGCCUCGCUGGACAUGCUAACUGAGGAAAAUGAAGCGAAAAUGUGAGGCCUGCACUGCAACACUUGCUGCACGAGUGUCAAUCGCAUGGUAGCUUGUUUCUCAAAGGGGAAAACUGUGAAAUGAAAUGCCACAGUGAACUUUCAGGAGGCAGGAAGGAGGGAAUCAGCACUCGACUGUGUUUAUGUUUGUGUCACUAUAAAAAAAGUCAUUAUAAUAUCCUAUUACUGUUUUCAAUGUUUACUGUUAAUUUAUCUGUUAUUCUUUGUAUACUGUUACGGAGUGUCUAUUUACACUAGGUGCAAAUAGCUCACAUUGUUGACAGAGGUUAUUACGCUAACUCCGCCCACCAAUGUGUGAUUGGAAUAGUCAACAAUACAAAAGACGGCUAGCUGACAACAGCUCCAGUGGCAUAGACUUUUGACGUGUUCAGAUCCGCCUUUUAUCAACCUCUUUCUUCUCCCUUUUCAAUUUUCGUAUUACAUCUGAAAGGCAUUUUUUUAUAUAUAAAAAUGAAGGAAAUAAUCGAAAAGUUGAAUAUAAAGUAUCAAUUAGGGGUAGAGUUAGUGUAGGGAGGGCUUUAUUGUCCCAAUAAGGUGGAAUCCAUCGAAUCAUUUGAAUUACAAUUAUAAUUUACACUCAAUAUGUUAUUAUUGCAUACUGUUUUAUAAUGUGAAAUACUAAAAUACUGCAGAUAAUUGUCACUAUUGUCAAUAAGUAGUAUAAAUAGCAGAACAUCUUGCUUUUUCUAUAUAGUGUAUAUAGAAUCUAUCGCUAUUUG